CUUCCAUUCAAAUCCUUGUGAUGAUUCUUCUAGUCCUUAUUUUCUUCAUCAUGGAGAAAAUCCAGGCUCUAUGCUGGUUACACAGCUACUUACGGAAAAUAAUUUCCAUACAUGGAAGAGAUCUAUGUCCAUGGCUAUUAGUGCGAAGAACAAGACUGCUUUUGUGAAUGGUAGUCUCCUCAGACCAGCUGCUGAUAGUCCUUGCUUGGAUGCUUGGAUACGCUGCAAUGACAUGGUAAUUUCAUGGCUUGUCAACUCUCUUUCUCCAGACAUCGCUUCUACAAUUUUAUUCAUGCAUACUGCUGCUGAUAUAUGGAAAGAGUUACAUUUGCGUUUUGCUCAAAGUAAUCGCCCUAGGAUUUUUCAAUUAAGGAAAGAUCUCUCUGCUUUAACACAAGAAAAUCACUCUGUCAGUGUUUAUUAUUCUCAAUUGAAGGGGUUCUGGGAUGAACUAUCCAUUCUUAAACCAUUAGGGGCAUGUAAUUGCAAACCAGUGUGUGUUUGCACUGCCACAAAGUCCUCACUCGAAAAUCAGCAAGAAGACUAUGUUCUUCAGUUUUUAAUGGGGCUGAAUGAUAGCUACUCUCAGUUCAGAGGACAGAUUUUACUCAUGGAACCAUUCCCUACCAUUAGUAAAGUUUUUUCUCUGGCCUUACAAGAAGAGAAACAGAGAGGUGUUUCUAUGAGUAACACACAACAUCUCAGCACUUCUACUGCCUUAUCCACUAAGGUCAGUGCUCCUGUUUUUAUGCCCAAGAAUGGUGGUAAACCUUUUACUCGCAAAGAUAAAGUGGUUUGUAGCCAUUGCGGUUAUAAUGGUCAUACUGUGGAUAAAUGUUACAAGAUUCAUGGUUAUCCACCUAAUUGGAAGCCUGCCAAAGCCAAGAAUUUCUCUUCUGGAGUUGUGAAUCAAGUUAGUGUUUCAAGUCUAGACACUAGCUCAGUUGAUCGUGCACAACUUUCAACUAUACAACAGCAAUGUCAGCAGCUGCUUGCCUCACUUCAAUGUACCUCAGAUUGUAAAUCUGUAGUGAAUCAGCCCAAUUUCCUGCAAUCUGCAGUUAAUCAGGCUGGUUUACUACCAACACCUAUUUCAGAUAUCCAAAAUUAUGCUAAUCUGUCAGGACCUACACUCUUGGAAGAUGAUUGGGAAGGGUGAGCAGAAAGCUGGUCUAUAUUACUUGCUACAGGAUUUUUCAUCUUGCUCAAAGAUUGAUGUCACCUCUUCUGGUUUGACACCCAAAGUUGCUUCUGUCAAUUUUUCUUCUUUUGAUUUGUGGCAUUAUAGACUAGGUCACCUUUCUUUACCUCGAUUACUUCUUCUUAAUAAAACUG